UUCGGGAAGGAGAGCGGAGCAGCGGUAGGGUUUUUGAAUCUGUCGACGAGGAGCAAGCAAGCCCCGCCCUUUAAACCCUUCCGACGGAGCGGAGCCUAGCGCGAGAGGGACGGGGAAAUGGCGUUUCAGCCGUUAGGGCGGACGAAGAACAUAGCGAGGCGGUCCAAGAAGUACUUGGAGGAGGCGCUGUUUCAUAGGCUGUUCAAGGAAGGGACCUCGGAGGUCAGCGUCCGGCAGAACCUGAACCAGUUCCUCAAGAGCUCCAAGCGGGUCUACAAAUGGGAGGUCGGCGACACUCUUAGGAAGCUCCGCGAGCGCGGCCUCUACUACCCUGCCUUGAAGCUGUCUCAGGCUAUGACGGAAAGGGGCAUGAACAAGACAGUGAGUGAUCAGGCUAUACAUCUUGAUUUGCUCGCCAAAGCUCGGGGAAUUGCAGCUGCUGAGAGCUACUUCGUAAAUCUGCCUGAGACGUCAAAAAACCACCUGACGUACGGGGCCCUCCUGAACUGCUACUGCAAGGAAUUGAUGACUGAAGAAGCUGAAGAUCUGUUGGAGAAGAUGAAAGAACUCAACUUGGAGUUGACAUCUAUGCCAUACAACAGCCUGAUGACCCUUUACACCAAGAUGGGACAACCUGAGAAUGUUCCGACAUUGAUACAGGAAAUGAAGUCUGCACAAAUAUCGCCUGACAGUUACACCUACAAUGUAUGGAUGAGGGCCCUUGCUGCUAUGAACGACAUUUCUGGGGUUGAAAGGGUUGUCGAAGAGAUGAAGAAGUUUGGUCGAGUUACUGCAGAUUGGACAACUUAUAGCAACUUAGCCUCGAUAUAUGCUGAUGCAGGCAUGCCCGAGAAGGUGGAGCAGGCUCUUAAGGAGCUGGAGAAGAUAAAUGCAUGUAAAGAUCUCUCGGCUUACCAUUUUCUCAUAACGCUGUAUGGGCGGACAGGGAACUUGCUUGAGGUUUAUCGAGUUUGGCGUUCCUUGAGGCUGGCUUUUCCAAAAACUGGCAACAUUAGCUACCUCAACAUGAUUCAGACCCUGGUUAAGUUGAAAGAUCUACCCGGUGCUGAGAAAUGCUUCAGAGAAUGGGAAUCUGGGAACCCAAACUAUGAUAUUCGCAUUGCAAACGCUCUGAUAGGAGCCUAUACUAAAGAAGGGAAGUUGGAGAAGGCUGAAGAUCUCAAGGAGCAAGCCCGUAGGAGAGGGGCCAAGCCUAAUGCUAAGACCUGGGAGAUCUUCUCGGAGUACUAUAUGCAAAACGGGCAGAUAAAAUCAGCAGUUGAAUGUAUUGCCAAUGCAGUAUCGAUAGGUAGAGGGGACGGCAAGAAGUGGGUUCCACCUCCUGAGACUGUUCGGACUCUGAUGGGGCAUUUUGAGAGAGAGAAGGAUGUUGAUGGUGCUGAAGAGUUCGUCGAGAUUCUGAAGAAGGCUGUUGAUGAGGUGGGGGCCGAAGUGUUUGAAUCAUUGAUAAGAACCUAUGCUGCAGCAGGAAGGACGAGCCCUGUGAUGCGCCGGCGGCUAAAGAUGGAGAACGUGGAAAUAACGGAGGCAACCAAGAAGCUGCUUGAUGUGAUAUGCGUGGAGUGAGUUCGAACUUUGACAUUUCUUUUGAAGCGAGUUACACAUGAAUCGACUGAAGAGGUUCCUUUGCUUUUCUUUUCUUGUAAUAAUGAAUGUCCUACCCCCGAGUUUUCUCAGAAUGGCAUAGCAUUAUCGAAGGAGAAUCCUGCAUAUUGUUCUGCUCGAGCGAAGACAACUCGUAAAUGUUUCGGUACCAGGCACUGGUGUCUUGAUGUUUUACUCUAGCUCGUGACAGCCAUGAUCUUAUAGGAGAAUGCCUCCUUGUAGAGUUAUAUCGGCAAUUGCUGAUGUUGGGAUUAUCACUAUCAACCGAAUCUAUUAGGAAUGACAAUUCUCCCUGAUCCCCUUGUUCUUCAGAUGUCGGGAGUUUUACUUCUCAUCGAACUUUCAUCGCCAUUUGAUUUCAAUAGCAGUUUUUUCAAUUGUAA